AUGGCAAGAAGAUGCAGGCUGAAUGACAUGCCUCGGGAGUGUCUAUCUGCCAUUCUGGCCAUCCUCGACGCUCGCUGCUUUGCCAAUGCAUGCAUCAGCUGUAGGGCCUUCCUGGAAGCCUCAAAGCUCAAGGAAAGCCUAAAACCGGCGGUGGAGUGGAAGAGGGCAAAAUAUCAACUAAAACAGAGUGCCAUUAGACUGCUGUCAGCCGGCAGCGACGAGGAGAGGUACGGCAACUCCAGGGCGGUGGAAGGCGAGGUUGCCGCCCUGGAGGACAAAAUCCAGGACCAGUGCUCCGACGUCCGGCUGGGCGUGCGGCACAGCGUCCUGCUGCGCAACAUCGACCGCUACCUCGACGGGCUUCGCUGCCCCAGGGACGUCGCCGAAAACCUGCUGGACGUCGACGGCUAUUAUCCCGUGUAUGAGCGGUGCACCGUCGAGGGCGGCCACUGUCGCUACAGGGGCAUCGUGGACAUCGACGCGACGGGCAUGGCGUCCGUGUCGCUCAACAUCAGCGUGACGCCCGCCAAACGGGGCCAGCGCCGGGCCGCCGCCUGCUACAGGGUCACCGUGGCCUUUGGCCACUCGGAGCGGGACCCGCACGGCCAGUACGGCGGGGGAUACAUGCAACGCCACGGGGGCGCUUUCAGGGCGGACGUGCCCUGCGACGCGCUGGACGGGGCCCCGCGGCCCUUCGCAUUCGUGGAGAGGUCGGAGCGCUGCGUAAUGGACGCGCUGACGCGCAUAAUUGGGGUCGAGGAGCUGGAUUCGACGGUUUUCAUGCGGUGGCUGGCGGCGCUGGUGAGCAGCCAUCCCAAGAGGUGGUGCCCAUUGGAGCCGGAUGAAUCUGAGAAUAGCGUGGUGACGUGGUGCGGAGAAUCGGUGUGA